AUGGCACUCAAAAUAUUUGUUACUGGAGCUACUGGUACAAUCGGUUCUGUUACCGUUGACAGAUUACUCGAAAAUGGAAUCGAUGUUCUUGGUUUGGCAAGAUCCGAGGACUCGGCCGCUAAGUUAAAAGCUAAACAUUGCCAGGUUUUAAGAGGUAGCUUGGAGGAUCUAGCAGUUCUUAGGAAAGGAGCAUCUGAAUGUGAUGGGGUGAUCCAUCUUGCCUUCGUUCACGAUUUCGCUAAUUUCAACAAAUCAGUGGAAAUUGACAGAAAUGCAAGCAGUGCAAUGAUGGAUUCAUUAAGAGGUACUGGAAAGCCAUUCAUCAGCAUCAGUGGAACUUUAAUGUUGGAGGAAAAGAAUCGUUCUUAUGUGGAUGAAGACAGUCCAUUUGCCCAAUCUCCUGGCUUUUCUUUGAGAGCAGAGAAUGAAAAGUUGGUUCUUUCUUACGCUACUGAAGAUGUAAAAUCGAUGUCUGUAAGAUUUCCUCCAACAGUGCAUGGAGUUGGUGAUACUGUUGGUUUUAUUCCAACCCUCGUUGCUGCUUCUAAAAAAGCUGGUUUUGCAAUGUACAUUGAUCAAGGUGAAAAUUGCUGGCCUGCUGUUAAUUUGCAAGAUGCUGCUGACUUCUUACGAUUAGCCAUUUUGCAUGGUACGGCAGGAAAGCCAUACAACUGUGUCGGAGAAUCUGGCAUCCCAACUAAAGCUAUUGCCGAGGCCAUUGGUAAAAAAUACAAUCUCCCGGUGAAAUCUAUUACUAAAGAAGAAUCAUUCAAGUAUCUUGGUUUUUUGGCUACUAUUCUUGCGGCUAAUAAUGUUACAAGGGCAGAAAAGUCCAAAAAGGAGCUUGAAUGGACCCCUUCACAUUCUACGUUAUUGGAGGAUAUCGCUAGUUAUUAUUAA